GAAAAGGGCAAAAAGAGAAAAAAAAUAUCGUAGGAACCUCCGCUGUUCUCCCUCCCUUUCCCCACACCCUCUCUCUGAGCACACUUGAAGCAAAGGAAAAAGGAGGAGAAGAAGAUGGCAUCAGAGGAGCAGGUGAGGGCGUCUCACAUCCUGAUAAAGCACGAGGGGUCGCGGCGGAAGGCCUCCUGGAAGGAUCCCGACGGCCGCAUCAUCUCCGCCACCACCAGGGACGCGGCCGUCCGCCAGCUCCACGCCCUCCGCGACGACAUCCUCGCCGGCAAGGUCCGCUUCGAGGACGUCGCUGCCCGCCACUCCGACUGCAGCUCCGCCAAGCGCGGCGGCGAUCUUGGUUGUUUUGGGAGGGGACAGAUGCAGAAACCCUUUGAAGAAGCUACCUUUGCCCUCAAAGUGGGUGAGAUGAGCAACAUUGUGGACACAGACAGUGGCAUUCAUAUCAUCCUGCGAACUGGUUGAUGACCAGGCAGCCGGCCUUAAGCUUGGGCUUGGCCUUUCCUCGCUAUUUGCAAGCUGAUGCCUUCUGAUUUCUUCUUUCAGAGUUAGGGGCUUUGAUAUCAUUUUAGCGCUGCAAAAUCCUUGAAACUUUUUUCAUAUAAACGUGGUCGAUGCAGACUUUGUGUGCUGAGCGGUCAAUAACAAGAUUUGACACUGAAUUGUUUCCUCUGUAAGCCAUCAACUGUAAACCUUUGUAGAGUAUCUGGAAAUUGUCAAUUUCUUGAUGUUGUUAUUAUAUC